AUGGGGACUCUUUCAUUAGCCGUCGUGUUUCUGGCUGCUGCCAUUAUUCAAGCGUGUCAAGCUGACUCCGUACAGUACGAUGACUUAGACCGGUUAUACUACGGCGAUGGUUCUCCAGUAUGUCAUCAUACUAAACCAGAGAGCCCUGAUGCCAUCGUUAUUAGAUACUGGCUCUAUACAAAUAACAACAAGUACAGUGCACAGGAAUUGGAAAGAAACGACGCUAGCUCCAUCACCGACUCCAACUUUCAGUCUAGUCGCGACACCAAGUUCAUCAUCCAUGGCUACUCGAGCAACUACGAGAGAUCUUGGGCUCAAGACAUGAAGAACGCCCUCGUUGAUAAGAACACGAACGUGAUAAUGGUUGACUGGGAAGAAGGAGCUGGUCGUUACAAUUACGCUCAGAGUAGAGCUAAUACUCGGGUAGUAGGUCUAGAUAUCGGUAAACUCAUCGACGUACUGAAAGGCAAGGGAGCGUCUUAUGGUAGCAUGCACAUCAUCGGCCAUAGUCUGGGGGCCCAUACUGCCGGGUACGCUGGCGAGUCCGUGUCUGGCAUUGGACGACUAACUGGAUUGGAUCCAGCAGGAGCCGAGUUUACUGGAUAUGGCAGCGAGUGUACCAUCGAUAAAUCAGAUGCAACCUUUGUCGAUAUCAUACACACCGAUGGAGAGUUUACAGGAGCUGGACUUCUUGAUCAGCUAGGACAUCAGGAUUUCUACCCAAACGGAGGGGAAUCUCAGGCAGGAUGUGAGGGUACAAGCGUUGCGGAAGGCUGUGAUCACUCGAGGGCUUAUUAUUUCUUUACAGAGAGUAUAUCUUCUAGUUGUAACUUUUCACCCACCAAGAAAUGUACUAAUUGGAGCAGCUACCCCAACUGCGACAAUUGUGGCACCUGUCCGGAGAUGGGUUACGGUGCCUUGCAGAGUAAGGGCGAAGGAGCCUACUAUCUCACGACAAAUGACGAAUCUCCAUACUGCGAGUAGAGAAGGUCUAUGAGCUUAUGAUCACACUGCAAAUAGUAAAUACUUUCUCACGACAAAAAGUAAAUACUUUCUCUCGACAAAUAGUAAAUAUUGUUUCACGACAAAUAGUA